AGAAAAAUGGAUAAAACUAUGUACUUGAUCAUUCUCUGUCAGUGUAUAAGCGCGAGAGAUUCUUUAAACAUUCUUCUCGAUAUUUUUCCACAAAAAAACCCGUUUUUCAUUUCAUUACAAUAAAAAAAAAAUUGUUUUCCAUUUUUCUACAUAUAAAACAAAUUAUACGGAAAAAAAUAGUUUUCAAGAAAAUUAAAUGAAGAGCGAAAGGAAUUUUUAAACGCAAAAAAAAGAUUCUUGGAUAUAAAGUACGUAUAACGUAUAGGACAUAAAGAAAAGUCGACAAAUCAUGACUAAGCUAAAGCAAUACACGAGAGCAGAGAUUGAAAACAGUGAUGUGAAGAAAAACACGUUUAUCAUAAUACACGACAAGGUUUACGAUGUUCAUCAAUUUUUAAAUGAGCAUCCAGGAGGCGAGGAAAUUCUCCUGGAUCAUCGCAAUAAGGAUGCUUCGGAGGAUUUUGACGAUGUGGGUCAUUCGACGGAUGCCUUUGAAUUAAUGAACAAAUAUCGAGUUGGUGAAUUAAUUGAGAGCGACAGGGCAAAUAGUAAACCAAAAGCCGGAUGGGUAGCCGGUUAUAAUUCCAAGGAACCAGAAAGUUAUGUCUCUGGACCAGGUGCACCAUUUUAUUUACUAAUCAUCGGUAUCAUAGGAAUUGUAAUUGCAAUAAUGUAUCUCAAUGCAUGAAUUUUAUAAUUUUUCUCUAUAUAUAGAUAGAAAAUAAAGAGUUAUUCUUUUCUUUAAA